UGAGCGAGCGCUCUCUCCUAGCGAGGCUCCGGGAGGGAGCGAGCGGCCGCCACCACGGCCACGGCGGGGCAGCCGGAGGUUCCCGAGCCCGGGAACUGGGGCGGGGGGCGCUGCAGCGCCGCGCCUCUCACCAUGCACCAGUCCCUGACUCAGCAGCGCUCCAGCGAAAUCUCGCUGGCCGAUUCCAUGGGCACCUUCAACCGAAGGAAACGUAACUCCCUCUAUGUCACAGUGACACUGCUCAUUGUGUCAGUGCUGAUCCUGACUGUGGGUCUGGCUGCUACCACCAGAACCCAGAAUGUGACCGUUGGAGGUUAUUAUCCCGGAGUUAUUCUUGGAUUUGGAUCAUUUCUCGGAAUCAUCGGCUCAAACUUAAUUGAAAAUAAAAGGCAAAUGUUGGUGGCCUCCAUCGUCUUCAUCAGUUUUGGUGUGAUUGCUGCUUUCUGUUGUGCUAUCGUGGAUGGAGUAUUUGCGGCCCGCCACAUCGAUCUCAAACCUCUUUACGCGAACCGCUGUCACUACUACUCUAAGACAUCCCAGAAGGAGGCUGAGGAGGUGAACUGCCUCCGAGCAAACCAGGGCUAUUGCAAAUCCAGGAUUCGGGGCAACACCUGCUUCUGCUGUGAUCUCUACAACUGUGGCAACUCCCCCAGCACAUUUCCUGGAAAGAAGGCCAAGAAGAAAAAUGUCGGGAGAAAAACGACCAGCCGUGUGGAGAUCUCUGGAGGCUAUUACGAAUACAUUGAUGUCAGCAGCUGCCAGGAUAUCAUCCAUCUCUACCACCUGCUGUGGUCGGCCACCAUCUUGAAUAUAGUGGGACUCUUCUUGGGAAUCAUCACUGCGGCCAUCCUUGGAAGCUUUAAAGAUAUGACUCCUACGAUUCCGGCAAUGAACUGUUCGGUGGAAAGUGCCCAUCCGAGGGUCUCUUACUACUCGCGGCCUCAGAUAGCAUCGUACAAUACUUACUACCAUAGUACGCCCCAUCUGCCGCCCUAUUCUGCUUAUGACUUCCAGCAUAGCAGUGUCUUUCCGGGCUCCAACCCACCAGGACUUUCCGAUGAGCCUCAAUCUAAUUCGCCUUCUCCAAGCUACAUGUGGUCCUCCAAUGAGCCGCCACAGUACUCUCCACCAUAUUAUUCGCCUUUUGAAAAGCCGCCUCCGUAUAGUCCGUAAUGAAGAACUCCUGCCCACCACUGAGAUCAUGGACGUCUGUUACUGUAGCAUUGGCUGAGUUUAAAGUGUGAUCCUUCCACAGCGUUUGCAGUUUCAUGAUUUUCCUGCCCAGGCAGGGGAGGGUGAUGCUUCUUAUUUAUUAAUGCAGAAGAGGGGGUGACCAGGUGAAACCCACUACUUCUCUCCAUUUAACUGAGAUCAGCUUACCUUGUCUCUGCAAGCAUGCUGGGGAUCCCGCACUGCAAGGACUGAGCAUGCCUAUAUCACCCUCUCACUCCACCUCUGCAUUCAGCAGCAAUCAAAUUGCCAUUUUCCAUUUUAUGCAAAUUGGCCAUAGCCCUCAGCCACACGACCCCUUCAGUUGAAACACCCCUACCUUCAACCCCAAGGAAGUCCCCAGCUGAUGGGCCCUACCAUAGUUAUUUCACUCUCCUGAGUGAUGCAAAAAAUCAGCUCAGAUCUCAUUAGUGGUACCUCUUAAAGGGAAAAGUGCAAUAGUUCUUCCUCUUCGUUUAGUGGGGAAAUCGGGAUUUGUUCGCGUACCAUCCAAACAUACAAGUGAGGUUUUGAAAAAGUGGGUCCUAAAAGUAGACCUAGGAACCUGUGGAUAUUACACAGUUUGCUCCAGCGAAUAAUCCACUUGCUAGAAGUACACAUCUUACUUGGAUAAAAUUCUGUGUGUUAUUGUUAGUGCUAGAUUGUCUUGGCUUGUUAGUGAUUUGUUGUGAUCUCUGUGGCUAUUUAAUCUUCUCCAACUGGGCUGGUUGAGCAUUCUAACAAACUUCAUACAUUCUGCAAAACAGCAACGAAAUCAUUCCACCAUGUCAGGCUCCUGCCCGACUUCUGUAAAAAGUGCGACAUCAUCAUCUCGCUCAAUUUCUAAGUAUUAUGGUAGAUAUAAAGCAUCUGAGCAGCUUUUAAAAAAGUAUUCCAAGCUUUAAACCAUACUAGUGAAGUUUAAAUAAUAGAUAUGUAUAUGGUGCUUACGGCUUUCCAUACAUUAUUGUGUUUUAUCCUCCUACCACCCAGUGUGAGGCUGACUCCCACCAAAUAAAGACUUUCAGUGCAAUUAAACUACUGCAAAAAGCAAAAAAAAAAACAAAAACAAAAAACCUGUCCCAGCCUUCAAAGAGUUUUUAUUCUAAUUGGGGGACUCAACCUAUGAAGAGAGAAGUUUAUGCUUUGUGAGAAUAGAGGGUACUAAAGGAACAAUUUGAUAAUCCUACAUUUUGGUAUCAUACAAUAAGAGGGAAUUAGAAGAACAAUCGAAUCCUUUGGCAAACAGGUCACAUUUUCCCCAAUUUGACAAAUGAUCAAUAUUAAUAUAGCAGGCUAGGGUCUAGAGGUUGUAGUCAGGUGCUGGUUAUCCAAACAAAUAUAUAUUUGUAGACACCUAGCUGCAGGAUUCCUUAUUGCCUUUAAAAUGCACUCAAUUUGCUCAGUGCAUCUCUUUGAGAAACAACUAUUAGCAUUAUGAGUUUUGUCAUCCAGAUUUAGGGUCUGAAAAAAAAAACCAACAACAGUAAUUCUUAACAAAAUCGCUAUUUAUUUUUCUGCAGAUCUAAGCAUGAGAUGGGGGAAAGGGGAUUCCAUUGAAUUCUAUGUAGAGAAUACCAUGAUUUGUCUUGCUACUCUAAGUAUGAUAUUAACUUGUUAUCUUAUCACUGGCGUUUUCUGUUGAUACUUUUCCUUUAGCUUUAAUAAGCAUUUAAUUUUGAAAAACUAUACCAUCACAUUUCUGCACACCAAAAUAUUAAGAUUAUAAGGAUCUCAUUUCUAUGUAUCUUUCUUACUUUCCAAAGUAACUGGAAAAUAAUGCAUUAUGGAUUUUGUAAUACUAAAUUAAUUUGAGCAGCUUUAUCAGUAUUUAUAUUACACUGAACUACAUAUAUAUAUAAAGUACAUGUUAUCAUAAGAAAUAUCAAUAUUAUCUUAAUUUAGCAAAACGUUUGCAGUAAUGAAGGAAUGUUUCCAAAAUAUGUAUUUUGAUUGCAUUUUGUAAUAUUUAAUGCCUUAUUCCUAAUUCUAUAUUAAAGUGCUCAACAAGGCAUGAAAAUAGAAACUAUUAAUCCAGAAUCCGUAUAAAUGGAGUGUUGCUUCAACUCUGUAUCACUGCCAUGUUUGAAAUUGAUUGCUUUUGUGAUGUUUCUGAUUAAUUCAACUAUCCUUUCCUUUCACCCCUAAAAGAAAAUAAAAGUGUGAAUAUUCA